GUCCUACUCCACACACUUAUGUGGAUAGUUGUGUGUAGAACUCACAGUUCAGUUAUUAUACAUCAUUUUAGCAAAGUGUGAAGUCUUCAGACACGAUACAUAUUGAAUGUCUGUUGAAAUUUCGAUCGCUUAUAUAUUUUAUAUUUUUAAAGUAUAGCGUGUAAAGAUAAAAAAAGACCAAGUCUUAAAGCAGUUAUCAUUUUGACGAAUAAUGAUCAUCACGAUAUUAUUAACAUGCCUUUUUCUCGUGAUCACGUAUCUUUGUGUCGCGCACUUUGGAAGAAAUGGACGACUUAUUGAUCAAAUACCAGGAUCUAUAUGUUUUCCUACUCCAUAUGUUAUACAAAUUUGUUCAUAUUCGCCAGAACAACUAUGGCUCUUAGCACUCGAUUACGCGAAGAGAUUUUAUCCAAUUAGUAAAUUUUGGGUUUUAACGAUUCCUAACGUUCUCAUUUAUCACCCGGACGACGUGCAGAAAGUACUAAGCGGUAUGGAGCAUACUGUGAAAGGUUACGAGUACAAACUUCUUCAUCCUUGGUUAGGUGAUGGCCUUCUUACUAGUCAAGGAGCCAAGUGGCAUAAAAGACGAAAGAUACUAACGCCUGCAUUUCACUUUUCUGUAUUGAAAGAAUUUGUCAAAACUUUUAUUGAAGAGGGUGAUCGCGCAGUGAAGUCUUUUAAUCCUGCAGAAGAGUCAAUUAUCGAAGACGUGAUGUUAUUUACCAGUCAUCAUACAUUAAAUGCAAUAUGUGAAACGUCUAUGGGCAUUUUUUUGAAUGACUCUGAUCAGUCUCAACAAUAUCGGCAGACUAUUCACCAUAUGGGUAAACUUAUGUUCAAUAGGUUUUUGAAACCAUGGCUUUUCAAUGAUACGAUAUUUAACUUAACAUCACUGAGUACUACACAAUCAAAGUAUUUGAAUAUCUUGCAUUCAUUUACUGAGAAAAUUAUCGCAAAUAGAAAACGUUAUCAUGAAGAAACCAGAGAACGAUAUUUGAAGUACUUUGAAAACAACACAGAAAUAGAAGACAAAGAAAUAACAGGGAAUAAAAAGAAACGAAUGGCCAUGUUGGACAUUUUGCUAGCAGAAUCUCGCAACGGUAAUUUGAUUGAUUCAGAUAUCAGAGAAGAAAUUGACACUUUCGUAUUCGAGGGUCAUGACACUGUGGCGACAAGUUUAUGUUUUAGUCUACUAUUAUUAGCUGAGCAUAAGGAUAUUCAGGAUCGUGUAAGAAAUGAAAUUAAUGAGGUGAUGCAGGAAAAUAAUGGGAAGCUUACAAUGAACGCGUUACAGAAUCUACCGUAUUUGGACAGAUGCUUAAAAGAAUCAUUAAGAUUAUAUCCUAGUGUUUUUUUUAUAUCGCGCGUUUGCACCACUGGUUUAAAAUUACAAUCAUAUAUAAUACCGAAAAACACAACGGUGCAUCUUUUUAUCUAUGCUCUUCAUCACGAUCCCAACUUUUGGCCGAAUCCGGAGGUAUUUGAUCCAGACAGAUUUUUACCAGAAAAUAUACAGAAACGUCAUCCUUAUUCCUAUGUACCGUUCAGUGCAGGAUUACGAAAUUGUAUAGGUCAACGAUUUGCCAUGUUGGAGUUGAAAGCUAUAAUAGCUAGCCUGAUGUACAAUUUUUACUUGGAACCCAUUGAUUAUUUGAAGGAUGUUUCACUCAAAGUAGAUAUUAUAUUACGUGCCUCACGUCCGAUCCGCAUGAAAGUUAUUCCAAUUAAACGGGAGUAGUUGCCUAACGCGAGUACUAAUUCGGAGGAAAGAGUAUUUCGCGAACGAAACAUUAUGUUACUCUUAUAAGGUUAAUUAGAUUUUGUGGUGGUUUAGUUAGUUCAUUUAGUUCAUUAGUUCAUUUAGUUCAUUAGUUCAUUUAGUUAGUUCAUUUAGGUUAGUUCAUUUAGUUAGUUCAUUUAGUUCAUUAGUUCAUUAGUUCAUUUUGGUGUUCAUCGAAUGUUAUUACAUGGGGAUAUUUCAUCUCAUAAGUAAUAAUUAAAAUGGAAUAAAAAAUAUUUUCUUUUUCGAAGAAUGGAAGCGUAAGUGCAUAUUGUGCGAUUUUUUUCAAUAUUACUACAGUCACACAUUAAGUUACUGUU